CUCGGACCUUGCAUGAGGAGCGUCCUCAUCCACCGGUCUCGCAUCAAUGUCUAUCAUUUUGAGCAAAUACCCUCAUUCAUUCACUUACUCUUCUUAGGAUGUCUUCGCUCACUGACCUCAAUGAGAACACUCCAGUUUUCUGAACAGUCAGCAGCAGGACGCGAUGGCCGGUGCCGGUGACGAAAGCGCACCGCUGCUGGCUCGAUCUGCAUCUCCCUCCCUCUCUCGUCAUUCUAGCUACUCCAAAAAGAAAUCUACAUCGGAUCGGAAUGGGGUGGCAUCCGAAACAACCCCUCUUCUCUCGGGAGAGCAUCAACGAUCUUCUCGGGAUGAAGAUCACCGCUCCAUUGCAUCCUCCGCUAGGUCUGGCCAAGCGGUACCAGGUCAGCAAGUAGAUAAAAAGGCUCGCAGGGUGAGAUGGCCGAUUGUGAUUUCCUUGGCCAGCCUGUGCCUAGCAGUUAUUGCUAUCUUAGUCCUCGGCUUUGCUGCGCCCGCGACCGUUGAGGAGUAUGCAAAGGAGGCCGCCAUUGUUGAGCCUGUCGGAAUAUCAAUUGCCGCGUUCACAUCGUCUGGCGUCCGAACUAGAAUCCAAGCUUCGUUCUCUCUCGACUCCUCCCGAGUGAAGAAACCAAUUGUGCGGAAUAUAGGCCGUUUGACAACCUGGUUUGGGAAAGAAGUGGAAAGCGGGGAGUCCGAUAUUCAGGUCUACCUGCCUGAAUACGGGAAUAUUUUGCUGGGAACAGCUACUAUCCCGCCUAUCAAGGUUAACAUUCAAGAUGGGCAUAAGAACAGUAUUGAUUUUUUGGCUGACCUAAAAGCUGGAGAUGUCGAUGGAAUUCGUGGAGUUGCCAACGAUUGGCUUGAAGGGCGCCUUGGCCAUUUGCGGAUAAAGGGCGUGGCCUCAGUGCCGCUUCGCUCAGGGUUACUUCAGCUGGGUUUCCAGCACAUUUCGGAGACUUUCGUUCUUCAAGACCAAGACCUCCCAAAUUUCCCUGACUUUAACAUCACGAAGCUGAAUGUUCACGAGUUUCAAUUGCCGGGGGAGCGUAGGGCUGUAGCUGCUGAUAUAUCCCUUCACAUUCAGAAUGUAUACGCCGUUGAAGCUACCGUCCCCGCCCUCACGUUUGAAAUUAUGGUGCCAAAUUGUGCUCCUGGCGAUGAGUACAUUCGAAUAGGAAAUGCCACCAGUGAUACUAUUGAAAUCGAGCCCAAAAGACCUGUCCUUGCGUCAGUUACUGGAUUUAUUUAUGAGGUUCCGGAUGCAUUGAUAACAAUAUGUCCCGGCAAGACCUCUUCCCCUCUGGAUCUUCUCGUCCAAAGUUAUAUCAAAGGUCGCGAGACUUUCGUCUAUGUCCGUGGGGGAUCACUCACUUCUCCUACACUUCCGGACUGGCUAGAGGCCAUAUUACAGAGUGUCAUCGUUCCAGUUUCUAUUCCCAGCAAAGGGCUCUCAAAUCUCAUCAAACGGUUUUCCAUGUCUCAUGUACAUUUUUUUCUUCCUGAGCCUUCUGCGAAACCAGAUGCUCCCGAAGCACAGCCAAGAGUAUCGGCUCUUGUCCAGGCGCUUGUUGACCUCCCUCAGGAAAUGAACGUGCCUGUGAACGUUUCACGUGUUCGGACGGUCGCAGAUGUUUACUACCAUAGCAAGAAACUCGGUUAUAUCGAUCUGCAGAAAUGGCAAAAUGCGACUGUUCGUCACAUAAAAGAUGAACUGGACAACUCCCCAGCUUUACUGGUAGAAUUCGACAUAGAAAAAGCACCAUUGCGAAUUGUGGAUGAAGCUGUAUUCGCCGAUGUUAUUAAAAAGGUGAUUCUAGCUGGCGAAACGGUCUCCUUACAGGUCAAAGCCAAUGUGGCUGCCGAGCUGGAUACGGCCUUGGGGAAGUUCGUAAUUCGAGACAUACCAGCCAGCGGGGAUAUCACUGUGAAGGCUCCCCUGACAGGGGGCUUGGGCAACGUCAAUCCCAAAAUUGAUUCCAUCAAAAUAUCCCAUACGACCGAGUCUACUAUCUCCCUUCAAGCAGUUGUAAAUUUUACCAACCCGACAAAUUAUUCUGCAGACAUACCUUUCAUCGACAUGAAGCUAGCCUAUAAUGGUUCGAGCGUUGCCCAUAUAAUGGGAGAGAAUCUUUCCAUAUUCCCCGGUCACAACUCUUUUGUCAAAGUGCAGGGAUUAUGGAACCCCGCUGAUGGAAACGGACAGCAAGGAGUAAUUUCUGGUCGAGACCUAAUCUCUCGCUAUAUAUCGGGGUUAAAUACCACUGUCACUAUUUCACCGCAUAACGGUUCCAUUCCAUUCUUACCAGAACUCGGGAAGGCAUUAUCGACGCUCGGGAUUGAAAUUCCAGUACCAAAACUUCGACUUCCUGACCAAAAUGGCGAUGGUGAUGAUGACGGAGAUAACCCCGACGGUGGCGAUGGGCCACACUUUAUUAAAGAUGCCACGAUGCAUCUAUGGACUUCGACGGCUGAAUUUACAUUGCUAUCUCCCCUUACGGAAACAACGCUCUUUAUUACGUCUGUUCACGCCACAGCGCUAUAUAACAGUACUUCUCCGGUCGGCAGGAUUCAGUAUAACUCCCCUUUCCCGGUCCCUCCAGGAGUUUCCAUAACACCACGGCUUCCUGUGGAGUUAGACUUUGGAGGAGCAGGAUAUGAAGCUCUUAAAAAGGCACUUGGUGGAAGCUUAGAGAUAGACGCUGUUGCGGACAUUGGUGUCAAAUUAGGGGAAUAUAUGGACACGAUAUCUUACUGGGGAAAAGGCAUCGGUGCAAAAGUACGACUAUAACCAAAUUGAUGACAGAUUCCAGAAAAUGUGAAACUCCGACUAGUGGAGCGAAAUACGAUGACGACAUGGAGAUACACGGUUUGCUUUUUGGGCGUGUGCAUUGGA